AGCGUUGAUGCACAUGCACAUGGGGCAUGGACGUGACGUGCGCUCAUACAUUAGUGCGUUGCAAAUUGCCAACUUGUAACUUUCAAUUUAUCACUUGUCUCUGAGCCUCUGACAAUAUCGGAACAGUAUUUUUCUCCGUUGAUAUUCCUGUAUUGACUCUAUAAACUUGUUUUAUAACCGGAUCCAAAGUUCAUAUUAAUAAUUCAUUAUUAUUCACACUUGAUUUUAAUUUAGAAUUACUUGUGGAUUUUAUUUCGAACGUUUCCAAGGAGCUUGGAGUGAACUUCGUGACUAGCGAUCGGAGUCAAUUAUUACAAACAAUCAUCGAUAUUGACUUUUUUUAGAGAAGAAAAAUAAAUUUGAAAAUGUUGAAGGGUGUUGUAGCUUUGGUGACUGGUGGUGCCUCUGGAUUGGGCCGUGGUACGGUAGAAAGAUUUAUCAGACAAGGUGGAAAGGCAGUUAUUGCCGAUUUGCCUGUUUCAAAAGGCAAAACUGUAGCUGAAGAACUAGGAGAAAAUGCAAUAUUUGCACCUGUGGAUGUAACUUCGGAAUCAGACAUGCAAGCUGCUCUCGAUCUUACAAAACAAAAAUUCGGCAAACUCGAUAUUCUAGUUAAUGCCGCUGGCAUCGCCGUCGCCCACAAAACGUAUAACAGCAAUAAAAAAAUGCCUCACAAUCUGGAGGACUUUGCUAGAAUUAUCCAUGUAAACACUGUUGGUAGCUUUAACGCUAUUCGCCUUUCCGUUGGUCUGAUGAUUGAAAACACCCCUAAUCAAGAUAAUCAAAAGGGUGUAAUUGUUAAUACUGCAAGUGUUGCAGCAUUUGAUGGUCAAAUAGGUCAAGCUGCUUAUUCUGCUUCGAAAGGGGCAAUCGUGGGAAUGACCUUGCCAAUUGCUCGUGAUCUUUCCAAGGACGGAAUUCGUGUUGUUACAAUUGCUCCAGGAAUUUUUGACACUCCGUUAUUGAUGGCAUUGCCAGCGAAGGUGCGAGCUUUUCUAUCGAAAAGCGUUCCUUUCCCUCAAAGAUUAGGAGCUCCUGAUGAGUAUGCAAUGUUGGUGCAGCAAAUUUGGGAAAAUCCGCUAUUAAAUGGAGAAACAAUUAGAUUGGAUGGUGCUCUGAGAAUGCAAGCUUAAAAAAUCAUCAGUCUUCCAUAUUGAUGAAAUUAAAUGAUUAAACGUUAAAAAAUA